GAUGCUCUUAGCAUUGCUGCCCCUCUGCUGCGGCGGCUCCUGGGCGCCUGCAGGCCAAGGAUGCCCUUCGGUUUCAUUUUCUCCUUGUCGUUUGUUGACAGCAAGUGGCUGGCGUGUCCCUUGAUCCGUAGUGCUGCAGCUGUGGCGGAUCUCGGGCGGUGCUCAGUCUAGGCACGAAGGAUGAGAAGUGCUGGCUUCCAAGGGCUCCCUCGCUUACUAAUCCCGCCCUCUGCCAUGACCUGCAGGGGCCUACCCGUGCCCCCGCCGACCUCCUCUGGCCUUUCGGGCUGUACCAGCCUGACCAUGCUAGGUUCUCCUUCACCACCAGCCUUUGUCCCUGCACUGGCCUUUGCCUGGGAUACUCCCCCUGUGACGUUUCAGGGCCUCCCUCUCACAUCCUCUGGCCUCUGCUCAGAUGUCACUCGCUUGGAGAGAAUGUUCAUAGCAGUUCAGCCGAAAUGGGCCCUUCCCUGCUUGCCCAUCAUCCGGCAUUGUUGUGUAGGGUGCCUGGCAAAAUUAAACAAGGGACUGUGGUUGAAUUUGUCUAGGAUGUGGUGGGAGCAAAGCGAGACCAGUAACAGGAGAUGCGCGAUAGCUGACCUCCACUCGUUCUUGCUGUGGGCUGACAGCAUAACCUAUCACCUCACUUAAUCCUCGGCUCCUCUGAGUUGAGUUGUGUUGUUAUCUCUGUUUUGCACAAGAACACCUUGAGGCUCAGAGGUUUAGUGCUCCAACUCACUGCAGCUCUUAAGUAGCAGAAACAACCAGUGUGUUGACCACCCCAGCCUGCAUUUUUACUCUUUUCUCUACAAAAAGCAGACAGGGAUACCUGGAGGUGACACCUGAAGUCAACUUUGUAAGCCAAGCAGGCUUCCGUACAGGCCUUGGGCAUGACGUGGGGAUAUGGCAUUUUAGCAAGUGGAAAUGUGUGGACACAAAGGGUAGAUUGGUUGUUUAAGGCGUCCCCAGGGUUCCGGUGUGAUUUCCAUGGCUCCUCUAUCCCUGUCUGCUGAGACAUAACCCUGGGAGGGCCAGACUGUGGGUCAUGUGCUGGAUGUUCCAUCAUACUCUCACCCGUGACAGACACUGUGACAAAUCAAAGGCUCUUGUCAUGGCCAAAGCCCGCAUUGUCCUCAGUAACUUCUAUUUUCUGGGCCUGAAGUAUUUUCUCCUCGGCAAUAUGUGCUGUUGAAACUCAGGUGGUUGGGGUGGGGGGUUUAAGUUCCUUCACAGUUGCCAAAGCCAGAGGGUGAGGGGAAGACUCAUGUAGGAAAAAGAAACAGUGACUCAUUGUGGAUUCUCCUUGGUAGUCUCUGAGGAGCAGAAGGCAGUGGGACCCGAUCCAGGCCCUGCCACUUCCCAGGCAGGUUCCACCACCUCAGGUGAUGGUCCUGUGAGGUGGGUGACGAGCUGCGCCUCUGCCCAUGUCCGCAGAAUUAUGUUCAAUGAUGGCUGAAACGAAUGUGGCUGGGAAAUUUAUAUGAAGUUCCCCACAUCUUCAUUGACUCCUUUACUAAUGGAGGAGUGUCAGGAUUAUGCCAUUAGACCCUAGACCAGAGGGACCAGAGGGAUCUCAGUUCAGAGCCUGCCUCUCCUCAUACCACAUGUGAACUGUGGAUGAACUACUGAAGCCCCCUGGACCUCAGGGCCCUGACUAGCAGGAACGUGGUAAUGAUACUGACUUCACAGGCUGUGGCUAGUCACCCCAGUGUUUCUUUUACAAAGAUUUUUUCUUUAACUCUCAUACUCUUACUGCUGGGUGAGAUUUACUGUAUUAAUCCAGAAAUUGAGGCUCAGAGAAAUGACAUAAGGCUCCUAAGUUCACAUGCAGGCAAGUGUUGAUUCUAAGACGUGGGAUUCAAACCUCAGGAUUAUGGCUUCAGAGCUGGGGACAUUCACAUUAGCAGGACAGGAAGCGCAUCGGCACGAGUCAGGCGCACAGUGAAGAUCGAUGCCUGUGACCUUCGAUGAUGUGGCGGUGACUUUUACCCGGGAGGAGUGGAGACAGCUGGACCCGGCCCAGAGGACCCUGUACCAGGAAGUGAUGCUGGAGACGUGUGGGCUCCUGGUCUCUCUGGGCUGCCCUUUGCCCAAACCAGAGCUGAUCUGCGCCUUGGAUCACAGUCCAGAGUUAGGGACAUUGAAGAGAGGCCUCUCCCCUAACUCCUGCCCAGGUGACACCACAAAACCUGAGACCCCAGAGCUUUCCCUUUCUCACCUUGCCUUGUCUGAGGAAGUCUCACCACAGGAACAACAGGCUCAGCAGGCUCUGCGGGGCUCCCAGUUGGGGCAAGGCAGGAGUCAGGAUUGGCCAUCGGAAAUGCUGGAAGGCCAGUUGAAACCAGGGAUAGACCCCCAAACGGAGAAGCUCCCUGGGAACAUGAAGCCUAAACAUGAUGGUUUAGGGACAGAUGAUGGUCUACACUCAAGGACUGUACAGCAGCCUAUCCCUGCAGGACAUGUUCUCCACGGUUAUGAUUCACAGGGACUACUGAAAGAUCCCUUGAUUCACGAAGGGAAACGUCCCUAUCACUGUGAGGAACGACAGAAAGUGUUUACCAAGAAUUGCUUUCUUGUGCGACGUGAGCAGAUUUCCACUGGAGCAAAGUCCUAUGAAUGCAUCGAGUGUGGGAAGACUUUUAGCAAGAGCACACACCUCCUGCAGCACCGCAUGAUCCACACGGGGGAGCGGCCCUACGAGUGCGUGGAGUGCGGGAAGGCCUUCAACCGCAGGUCACACCUCACGAGGCACCAGCGGAUUCACACUGGAGAGAAGCCUUAUAAGUGCAGUGAAUGUGGGAAGGCCUUCACCCACCGCUCCAAUCUAGUCUUGCAUAACAGGAGCCACACUGGAGAAAAGCCCUUUGUGUGCAAAGAAUGUGGGAAAGCCUUCCGUGAUAAGACAGGUUUCCUUCGGCACUACAUCAUCCACACAGGAGAGAAGCCCUUUGAGUGCAUGGAGUGUGGGAAGGCCUUCAACCGCAGGUCACACCUCACGUGGCACCAGCAGAUUCACACCGGAGUGAGACCCUUUGAAUGCAAUGAAUGUGGGAAAGCCUUUUGCGAUAGCACGGACCUCAUUCAGCACUACGUCAUCCACACGGGAGAGAAGCCAUACAAGUGCCUCGAGUGUGGGAAGGCCUUCUACCGCCGGUCACACCUCAAGCAGCACCAGCGGAGUCACACUGGGGAGAAGCCCUAUGUGUGCGGUGAGUGUGGAAAGGCCUUCACCCACUGCUCUACUUUCAUCUUGCACAAAAGGGCCCACACUGGAGAAAAACCCUACGAGUGCAAGGAAUGUGGGAAAGCCUUUAGCAAUCGAUCAGACCUCAUCCGACACUUCAGCAUCCACACGGAGGAGAAACCCUACGAGUGCACGGAGUGUAGGAAGGCCUUCAACCGCCGGUCAUACCUCACGAGACACCAGCGGAUUCACAGUGGAGAGAAGCCCUAUGAAUGCGUGGAGUGCGGUAAAGCCUUUUGCCAGAGGGCAAACCUCAUUCGACAUGCUAUCAUCCACACUGGAGAGAAGCCCUAUGAGUGCAACGAGUGUGGAAAGGCCUUUACGUACUGCUACACUUUUAUCUUGCAUAAAAGGGCUCACAUUGGAGAAAAACCUUUUGAGUGUAAAGAAUGUGGGAGAGCCUUCAGCACUAAGAAAGACCUCAUUCGACACAUCAGCAUCCAUGCUGGAGAGAAGCCCUAUGAGUGCACAGAGUGCGGGAAGGCCUUCAACCGCCGGUCAGGGCUCACGAGGCACCAGCGGAUUCACAGUGGAGAGAAGCCCUAUGAAUGCAUGGAGUGUGGGAAAUCCUUCUGCUGGAGCACCAGUCUCAUCCGACACUCUAUCAUCCACACCGGAGAGAAGCCCUAUGAGUGCAGUGAGUGUGGGAAAGCCUUUAGUCGCAGCUCGUCCCUCACUCAGCAUCAGAGGAUUCAUACUGGGAGAAACCCUGUCCGUGUAACCGAAGUGGGAAGACCCUUCACGAGCGGGCAGUCCUCAGUCAACCACCAAGAGCUCCUGUUGGGGAAAGACUUCUUGAAUGUAACCACUGAGGAAACUUCUCAGAAUCUGAUCAUUCAUACCAAAGAGAACCCCCUCAGUUUCCUUCCCGAUGAGAAACCCUCUGUUGCAGGACAUCAUUUGUCAUCUGAGGAGUCAGACUGGAAACUUACCCUAUCUGGAGCCUUAUCCUGCAUCUGAGAAUUCAUCCAGGAGUGUGAUCCAAUCAUUCUCAUGCACUUAGUGUAACCAUCAGCCACAUCUUUCUCCUCAGUUUACACUGAAAAAUUAUCUCAGGGAUAUUUAAACAAAGGAGGAAAAGACAUAAAAGAGAAAGAAAUACAAGCUUGGCUUCUUUCAGACUUCUGUUAUAAGCCGAUGGCAGUUUGUUUUUCUUAUCUCAUUUGGGAAAGGGGAUGAUGUUGUUUCAGAGUUCACAGAGCCUUGUCCCCUCUUUCUUAUGUAUGUGUCCACUGCUGUCCAUUUCAGGACAGUUGGACAUUUAAGGUGUGUCUAAAAACGUUUAUUGAAAGCCUUUGUUCUGCAGCUUUGUCUCUACCCUUGAGUAGCAUAAGUCUUAAUGAGAAAUAUAAAGGCUUGGGACGCCUGGGUGGCUCAGUUGGUUGGGCGGCUGCCUUCGGCUCAGGUCAUGAUCCCAGCGUCCUGGGAUCGAGUCCCACA